UUGAUUUGGUGAAGGCUUCAACCACGGGGACAUACAUACAUACAUACAAAGCCAUCUCUCUUUUUCUAUAAAUCGCACUACUAAUCCCAAAUCAAUCCUUCUUUCUUUCCUCUUAUCUCACAGGCAUUUAAUACACAAUUAUUUUCCCUGCUUGUCCCUCUUUGGUAGAAAGAUUUCAUCUACUAUUAUGUGGAAAUUCACCGAAAAAGAAUGAGUUUAGGGAUUUGGCAGUAGGAAGAAGAGAUUUGGGUGGGUAUUAUUUUUUAUUUUUUCUUUUUCUUUGUUUUUGGAAGGGUAAUAGAUUGGUUAAUUGAGAUCAGAAGAAGAAGAAGAUGAGGAUUGUGAGUACAAUUGAUUCUUCUGAUUGCCCAGGAUUAUGUGGAUUUUUGGUGGUGGAAGCUUAUCCCAAAAGGUACUCCUCCAAGAUCCCUUCUGAUUUGGUACUUUUCUUAGGCCUUGGUUUCAUAGAUUGGUAAUACUAAUAUAUAUAUAUUACCCUUCAGUUCAAUUUGGUUAGGUUCCUGUUUCUUUACUUUCGUAUUUGUAUCUAAACGAAAGGACAAGAAAUCUGUAGAAACCAUAUGGAUUCGAUGGUCUGGGUACAAGAAGAUUAUUGGGUUAGGAUUGGAUGUGGUUCAUGUCUUAUUUUAGGGUUCUAAGCUCUUAUUCAUUUUGUUUUCCUUGUAUUGUGCGUUGGGUAUUAACUAUUAAGUGGUUGUGAAUCAAUCUUUUUGGGGAUUGGGAUUUAUUGUAAGUGUCUGAAUUGGGGAAAUGAAUAAGUUUAGAGUGUUGAUGGAGGUGGGAGUUUGUUGCUGGGAUUGACUUGAUGAGAAGUUGUUCUUAAACCUUGAUUGAUGUCGAAAUGGUUGUAUUAACCCAACGAAGAACAACCAAAGAAGGGGUUAUUUACUGAGAUGGGAGAUAGCCUACUGACUGCUUUGUCAAUGGAAAACCAUCACCCUUCAACCAUAUUGUCCAUGGAUUCAAGUGCCUCUUCUUCGCACGACGAAUUGGACCUCGAAAUGAAUCGCCAAGUUGUCUUGACUCGACCCCCCGAUAUCAACUUACCCCUUUCGGUCGAACGAAGCCCCCCUCCCCAGCCAUGGAACCCCGACCAUUGUGACAUUCUUGAUGUUGGGCUAAGUACUCAAAUGUACGAGACCGAGAGUUUCCUUAGCGCGCCGAAGGUUGGGAGGAAGUGUGCAAAGAGAGUUGAUAGUAUAUGGGGGGCGUGGUUCUUCUUCAGUUUCUACUUUAAGCCUGUGCUGAAUGAGAAGUCGAAGGCAAAAAUUGUACGCGACAGUAGUGGCGUUUCCGGUUUCGAUAAAUCUGACUUGCAGCUCGACACGUUCAUGGUUCAACAUGACAUGGAGAAUAUGUACAUGUGGGUUUUCAAGGAAAGACCUGAGAAUGCUCUGGGGAAGAUGCAGCUAAGGAGUUAUAUGAACGGGCAUUCUCGUCAAGGAGAACGUCCCUUCCCUUUUAGCAACGAUAAAGGGUUUGUUCGUUCUCACAGAAUGCAACGGAAGCAUUACAGGGGGCUUUCGAAUCCUCAGUGUGUUCAUGGCAUUGAGGUCGUUUCAGCCCCCAAUCUUGUGGGUCUUGACGAAGAAGACAAGAAAAGAUGGGCAGAGCUGACCGGGAGAGAUCUCAACUUCACGAUUCCACCCGACGCUAGCGACUACAGUUCAUGGAGGAAUCUGCCAAACACUGAGUUUGAACUCGAAAGGCCGCCUGCUGCAGUUAAGGGCAAUUCACAUUCCCACUCAAAAAAGUUGCUUAACGGAUCGGUGCUCAAUCUGUCGACUCAGCCGGCCAAUCAUAGCAACGGGGAUGCAAUGGAGCUGUCUCCCGUCAGCAACAAGAGAAAAAAAGAUUAUUUCUCGCAGGGAAACGAGGAUGAUUGCUAUCUGCCUGUGAAUGCUCCCGAUCGAGUCCCUGACUUAGACGCGCAGCCACACUGGCUAAAUGAAUUCAGUGGGGUGCUGCGGAAUGUUUAUGGCCCUGUUACAGCAGCCAAAACAAUCUACGAGGAUGAACAGGGCUACCUGAUCGUAAUCAGCCUCCCCUUUGUAGAUCUUCAGAGGGUCAAAGUCUCUUGGAGAAACACUCCUACACACGGCAUCAUCAAAGUAUCUUGUGUGAGCACAUCACGCGCGCCAUUUAUCACGAGACAGAACCGAGCUUUCAAGCUCACGGAUCCUUCAUCCGAGCACUGUCCUCCGGGGGAAUUCUUCAGAGAGAUCCCACUCUCCACACGAAUCCCCGAAGAUGCUAAUAUAGAAGCUUACUACGACGGACAAGGGACAUUGCUCGAAAUAUUGGUGCCGAAACCGGGAGAAGGACCCGAAGAGCACGAAGUUCGGGUAUGCCUCCGCCCUCACCAUGGAGCUAAUGAUCUUAUGUUAACCUAAAACGUGAUUUACAAGAAUGGAAGGAAGGUUGUCUGUCAUUGAUAUCAGACUUUCAUGUGCAAUACUUAUUCGGAGUACUGAAAUGUUGUCCUUUUUUUUUUUUUAAUUUUAUUUUGUUGUAGUGUUUUGAGCUUUAUGAUAAGGAAAUAUAAUUGAUGUAUGCUUUGCUUCG